CAAUAUCUUCAGACAAACCCGUCCCAAUGGAGAUGCUAGAUUUACACAAUGGAUAUGGUCAGAAUUUUGGCUUUAUUUUGUACAGGGCAUAUGUACCUAAAGGAAAGAAACUGACAUUUACCGUACCUGCCCAGGAUAGAGCUCAGGUGAUAAUGAAUGGGAAAGAAAUUGGUGUGCUGUAUUGGAAAUCAACAAGAUGGGAAAUUGAUAUUCCAGAAAAUGUCCUAGAUUCUGAGAACAUACUGGAUAUAUUGGUUGAACAUCAUGGUAGAGUCAAUUAUGUCAUGAUGGGAUUUAACAGAUUCAAUGAAGAGAGUAAAGGUAUAACUGGUGACGUGAAGCUAGAUGGAAGUGUAAUUUCUAACUGGAGAAUAUAUCCUAUGGAAUUUAAAGAAGAUUACGUUAAUAGUAUGGCUGAUAAUCAUAAGUGGAAGACAUUUACAAACUGGGAUGGUGGAGUAGCCUCCCUUUAUACUGCCAAUCUGAGGAUAGAUGCUACGCCCAGAGAUACUUUCCUUAAUAUGAAGGGUUGGACAAAGGGUAAUGCAUUUAUCAAUGGAUUUAACCUGGGAAGAUACUGGAAAGAAGGUCCACAGAGAACUCUCUAUGUUCCAGCUCCUGUUCUUAAAACUGGAAAUAAUAAGGUCAGUAUUUAAUAUUCUUUCAUCAAU